GAUCCUGUGCUCAUGAAGUGUAGUCAGGAAGCACCAAAAUAGUUAAAAUUUCCAGUAUCAUCAACAGAGCUCCUGCCAUACACGUCCUUCCCCGUCAAGGAAAAGAAAAAAAAAAAAAAAAAAAAAGUGAAACUGGCUGGGACAAGUGAAAUUGGCUGUUCAUCAGCUAAUCAAAAGCCUUUCAAAGGCAACAUUUUGGUGAAGAUCUGGAUUGAAUGUGGUUUAGUGUCAGAUGCUUUCUCUCUUUGUAACGCGGAUUGUAACGUCUUUAAACAUCCUGAGGCUCAAGGAACAAAAAACGUUACUCCCUCCGGCGGCCGCCAGAGGGCAGUGGAUCUGCACACAGUGUCCCUGCAAGCUGUCACUUGCUGACGUCUCACACGAGGCCUGGGAGAGCAAGAAGUCCCACAUCAAAACUGCAGCCGAUCAACACUGGAACCCCCCCACUCCUUCCGAGGCAUCUGGAGGAAGCACGAGAGGUCCUCCACGGCUCGCGGAUGUGAUCGCACACGAGCUGAAACACAUCUGAGAUCAGUGUUACGCCGACGAUGCUACACAGAGGAGAGGAAAUGAAAAGAAUUGUGGCCAGAGUGAGACGCGGGGGGGUAGCUGGGACCGCGGGGGUUGGCUACUGUGUGAUGUAUUGAUGCUACUCUCAAGAGACUUUCAGUUCAUCUGCUUGCUCAUAAAUGGAAACUUGUUGAGUGGAAGAAGGCUUGCAGGCGCACCUGAACGUCCUACGCGGGAGGGGGGGGUGUUCCUGCGUGGACCGAAAAUGAUGAAAGGAUGAAAGCGGGAAAGCGGGGCCUUUGCUAAAAAAUAAAGCUGACAAAAAACCUGGGAGGAUUGUGACACGCUGGCAGGCAAACAGGAACAAGUCCCUGCACGUUGACCUCCUUCGCCCUUUAGUCUCCUUGCUGUCAUCAACGUGCACAUCCUGUUGUUGCACAGCAUUCCUAAGCGUGGUUUUGGUUUGUUUGCUUGGCGAGUUGAAGGAGGAGGAAGAAGCCCUUCUUCACGUUUCCUGGCCAUCAUUAAUUCACAGCGUAACUUCUGUUGCACGUUGACCGUUGCUGACGUCACCACAGCCUGAGCAUGAAAGCAUCCUUGCGUGUCCCUCAGCAUUCACGCCACCGUGUUGGCGCUCGUUUCUCAGCAUCGCCACAAUGUUGGUGUCUCCGCAUUCCCGCAACCCGAGGAUGACACGUUGGCGGCGUGAAUUCACACCACCCGCGUCCGUGCUCGCCACCAUCGAGAGCGGCGGCGUGCAGUCUCGCGGGGCGCGUGGAAACGCCGGAAGGAUUCAAACGAGACACGCGGGCGGCAAAAUGCGACAUGUGCUUGAAGGCGUGCGGGCUGGAGACCUUGAUGAGCCCCCCCGGGGGUGGCAGGGUCACAUCAGCACAUGUUUUGUUUUUCAUUGAGCCUGGAAAGGAAGGCGGUUUCCAUUGGCGCCUUUCCUGGGGGAUUAAUUAGCCCGGCGCUCACUUCCUGACAAACAAGCUGCCUUGCGCCAUCACACCUGACCACCUCUCCUCACAGGUAGGACCUUCCUCCUCGUGCUCUUGCAACCGGUUUUUCGCUCUUCUUUCGCCUUCGCCGUUGUGAUCUGGUGGCCCGGCAGGAUGCCGAGCCAGCUGGAGGGCGCCAUGGACGCGCUGAUAGCGGUCUUCUACAACUACUCGGGCCACGACGGGGACAAGUACAAGCUGAACAAGGGCGAGCUCAAGCAGCUGCUGCACAGCGAGCUCACCGACUUCCUGACGUCCCAGAAGGACCCGCUGCUCGUGGAGAAGAUAAUGAACGAUCUGGACUCCAACAAAGACAACGAGGUGGACUUCAACGAGUUUGUGGUGCUGGUGGCGGCACUCACCGUGGCCUGCAACGACUUCUUUCAGGAGCAGAAGAAGAAAAGCAAGUAGACGUUCAGCUGGAAAUGAAUUUGUGAACACAUGCUGUUAGCGCUAGAAAGCUCGUGUCCCAAAAGUCAGUUCAGCAUCCUUGUCAAUAAAUUUGAUGCGGU